UUGGGGGACGGUGUCAGUUUCCACCGAGCCAUCAGCGCAGCGUUGUACAAAGACGCGAUUCGAGGAUCUUAGCCGAGAGAAAGGGCGUUUUUUCUGCACUCAUUUGAACAUAUGCGGAUUUAAAUAUAAGAAAUCGUCAUUAUUUACAUCAGAAAACCGGAAGGAACGUUUUUCCCGCUACUAAAAUGCGCCGUAGCAACGACUCUGAUUGCAAUUGACAGCGUCUGCAGCUCUUUUUCAAAAUGGCCGCUUGGCUCGCACUCGCUUUCUGCUGAUCGACUCGCAACUUUUCAUUGUCUAAAUUCCGCCCUUGAGGAUUCACCCCGGUCUCUCCCAGGACCAUAACCUUCCAUGACGAUGCAUCGCACAACAAGGAUCAAGAUCACAGAGCUAAAUCCACAUUUGAUGUGUGUUUUAUGCGGUGGAUAUUUCAUCGAUGCAACCACAAUCAUAGAAUGUUUGCAUUCGUUUUGUAAAAUGUGCAUUGUCCGCUACCUGGCGACCAGUAAAUACUGUCCCAUAUGUGAUGUCCAGGUCCACAAAACAAAGCCUCUUCUCAAUAUUAGGUCUGACAAAACUCUGCAGGACAUUGUGUAUAAGUUGGUUCCAGGUCUUUUCAAAAAUGAAAUGAAGCGAAGAAGAGAUUUCUAUGCUGAACACCCUUCAGUAGAUGCUGCAAAUGGUUCUAAUGAGGAUCGUGGUGAAGUCGCUGAUGAGGAUAAGAGAAUCAUCACAGAUGAUGAGAUUAUCAGUCUGUCGAUUGAGUUCUUUGACCCCAAGGCCAAACAGCAAGGUAGUGAAGGGGAGAAACAGACUAAGGAUGAGGUAAACAACAAGAGGUACUUGCAGUGUCCUGCUGCCAUGACUGUAAUGCAUUUGAGGAAAUUUCUGAGAAGUAAGAUGGACAUACCAUGCACCUUCCAGAUUGAAGUGAUGUAUGAGGAUGAGCCUCUGAAGGACUACUACACAUUAAUGGACAUUGCUUACAUUUACACAUGGAGAAGGAACGGGCCGCUACCCUUGAAAUAUCGAGUACGUCCCAAUUGCAAAAAGAUGAAGAUGACACACGCACAGGACGGCUUAAGCAGUGCCAACCGCUCAGAAAGUGACUCUGCGAGUGACCAGGCCAACAGCCCAGCUGGAGCCCCGUCUACAUCCUCACCACUACCAAGUCCAAGCACACCCGUCCAGUCCACUCAUCCUCAUUUUCCCCAUAUUUCUAACCCAGUCAACGGUUCCUCCAUGGGAAGCCCCAAUCGGCAGUUUACAUUCAACAACAAAAUGCGAAAAUCAUCUCUGAAUGGAUCCUCUACUUCUUCAGGGUGAUGGGGUUAAAACUGCCGAAGCCUACUCCAGAUUACCCAGCUAUUUUCCAUGCCAAUAUCACAUCAUUGUAGCCAUUUUACUGUCAUUAUUCUUAUUACACAUGUAACUUUUAACAUAGUGGAAGUGGCACAUUUCAUCCAAUUGCUGGAGUAAAUUUGGGAACGAUAGCCUCAUUGUGGCUCUAAGCUAUGGGAUUUGCAGAACAUCCAAAACAGUUCGCAUAAUAGACUGAAUCUACUUUUCUAUCUGUAUUUUUUAAUUUUUUUUUUCUUUUUUUUUUUUUCCCCCCACAACAAAUCCAGAGGUGUUGCUUGUAUUUUAAGUGUACUUUCUUUUAAACACAUGAAGGCUUUAGUUUGCCUUUCUUGUCUAGUUAGGCCUACUAAACAUUCCUGCUAUAUUCAGCUGGCAUUGACAUUGUAUCAAAGAAAAUAUAUAUUCGAUUCAGUUUAAACAGAUUAGAGAAGUUUAAGUUGUAGUAGUUGUGCAUAUAAUUUUAUUAUUAUUUUUUUUACAGCAAUGUAAAGUCUGAAGCACCAUGGGAUUAUUCCCUCCCCCACCAUCAAGGUUAUAACCUAGGCCAGUGUAGAUAUGCUCACUUCAGUGUUCAUUUGUCUUAUUGUUUGAAUGUAUGAAUAACUAUUGUAUUGUUACUGUUGCACAGUAUAAAAAAAAAAUAAUAAUAAACAUUUUACACUUUUGCUGCCUCUA